UGCUGGGUUAUGAGUAUUAUGGGCUGUCUGGAAUUCACCAGCUAGCCAGUGGAGAGAAAAAUAUCUAACGGUAGAUAGAAGUAAACAUGGAGCUGUCGGCUGUCGGGGAAAGGGUGUUCGCUGCCGAAUCCAUCAUCAAACGGCGAAUAAGAAGAGGUCGAUUGGAAUACCUUGUGAAAUGGAAGGGUUGGUCUCCGAAAUACAGCACCUGGGAACCGGAGGAAAAUAUAUUGGACUCCCGCCUCUUCGUCGCUUUCGAAGAGAGAGAACGUGAGAGGGAGCUCUUUGGGCCAAAAAAGAGGGGACCCAAACCGAAGACGUUUCUUCUAAGGGCUCAAGCUAAAGCCAAGGCCAAGACGUACGAGUUCCGGAGCGAAGCCGCGAGGGGGAUUCGGGUUUCGUUCCCCAGCCCGGAGCCGGUCGUUACCCCCAGAGCUCGGGAGGGCCUGCGGGCCGUGGUGCCCACCAUUUUCCCUCCCAGCACGGUCAACAGGGGGGAGAGCGUGCGGAUUCGGCCCCUGGAGCCCGCGCGGGAGCACCGGCCCGCGGCCGACAGGUUGGCCGCCGCGCCCAAGAAGAGGGGCCCGAAACCCAAGCUGCGCUUCAAAGAGGGCCUGGGCGGCGGCGGCGGCGGCGGUGGCGGGGGCGGGGGCCCGCCCCAGGAACCCGCCAAACGGCGGUCCGAAGAGCAGGCGCACUACGGGCCGGUCAAGCUGGGCAAGCACGGCCCCCCCGAGGCGGAGAAGGCGAUUAAGCUGGCGCGGAGGCAGCAGGAGGAGCCCGGCUUCGGCCAGCAGAAGCCGGGGAUGAGGGCCGCGCCCGGCGAGACCGUCCGCCACUACGGCCUGGACCGGAGCGUGUACUUGCACAGGGCCGCGCUGGACGCGCAGAACUGCCGGACUAAGGAGUGCCCGGCCGCCGCGUCCCCCCCGCAGCCCCGGCUGAAGCACCUGUCGAAGAACAGCGGCUACCAGCCCGACGGCUCUCCGAGGGACCAGCCCUCCCUCGUUGCCAAAAUCCCUGUCUCCAGGAUCCUCGGGGAGCCGGAUGAGGAUUCGUGGAGCCCCUGCCUGAGCAACGUGGAGAAGGUGGUGGUGACAGACGUGACCACAAACUUUUUAACGGUGACCAUUAAAGAGAGCAGCACAGAUCAAGGCUUCUUCAAAGACAAAAGAUGAUUCUUUUGAUUUUUCUUUUCAGGACUUUGUUUUUUUUUAAGACUUCCUUGUCAAAUUUAUUUUUGCUGGAGGAGAAAAAAAAAAGAAAAAAAAAACCAUUUAACAUUUCAAAUGUUUCUAUGUGUAUACCUGUACAGGAAAAAAAAGAUUAUAUAUAUAUAUAUAUUAAUUUGUGUGUAUGUAAAUGUUAGACGUGUAUUUAAUGUAAAGACCAAAUGAAAUGAAGUCCUUGGGACUGUGUAUAUAUAUAUACACAUAUAUACAGGCAUAUAUCUUUUGUGAAGGAUUGCAUGUCAAACAUGUUGGCUUUAUGCGAAUUUGUAUGUGCACACAAAUGCAGACAUUGUAUCAUGAUUGCCGUUCAGAAGCGGGAGUGUAAUUUGUCCAAGCACGCUUUCUGCAUAAUACAGAAAUAUCACCAAUUGAGGGGGAAGCAUUGGGUGAGAUAUUGCAGAUCAAACAAAAACAUGCAAGACAGUUAACUUUUGUAUUACUCAAUGUAUUAUGUGAUUAAUUUGUAUAAUUAGUAAGGAAAACACUGGAUUAUGGAAAGUAUGUUAAUUAUUUUAAAAAAUGGCCCAGUAUUCCGGUUUGGAUUAUAUGUGAUUAAACAUCUAUAAGAUGUUUCAUCAUUGAUCUGCAUAUUCAUCCGUUCUAUGUGAUGGCAUAUUUGAGCUCUUAGUGUUACAGACGAAGUGAACGAGACAAAAAAAAAAUGUAAACUUAACUUAAAUGUAAACUUUUGCUUAUACUCAAAGACGAAGUUUUUACGUUUUAACUGUUAGAAGGUUUUGUCUUUAAAUAACAGCUUCCUGAGAUAUAUUUUAAGAAGUCGUAUAUAUCAUCAAACACUUGUCUUUAGGAGAAAGAUUAGAGGCACUUUUUUUUUUGUUUCUUUUUAUCGCUUGAUGAAAUGUGCUUUGGUGGUUCCGAACCCUUUAAAUGCUUACAAUGGGCGUCUGUAUUUCACACAGCUAGUGCGGUUCUGAAACCGCAACUGACGUAAACGGCUGUAAUUUUGCUUAUGAGCCACGUUGUAGUAAAUAUUUCUGCAAAUGUACUGUGAAUUUAACUGUAGUGUUUUGUUCAACUUACUUUGAAGGUCUAAACAAACCGACGGUUUUCCGAGAUCAUGCAUGGAUUUCUACGCACUGCUUUUAUAUUUUCUAAACUCAUAUCCUACUGAAUGGGGCAUUUUGGUUCCUCUAUACAGCAUCACUUUCUUUGUCAAUGCGUUCUAUUUUGCUAUGGAAAAGUGCGUUGUUGAAGAAUUCGUUUAAGGACAUUAUUAAUUUUUUAUUACGGCUCCAAUGAUUCUUCAGGCUUUUAAUAAAAAAAAGUGUUAUAGAAUCAGAAAUGUUUGAAUAUUGCAAAUAGCGCAGGAUAUUUCUGUUCAUUUUAUUAUGUCUAUAAUUUUUUCCUACAUUUUAUAACAUUCGAGUGAUUUCAGCUUUUCUAAAGUUGGUCUUAAAGCUCACCUUGCAAUAGCUUAUAUAAAUGUACUUUUUAUGUUCUUAACAAGCCCUGUUUCUUUGAACCGUUCUAAGAAAAGGAUCUCAGCUGCUGGCGUGUUUUUUAUUUUUGUUUUUUAUUUAAUUUUUUGUUAAUGCGCUUGAAUAAUCCGUUAGUGUGUUGAUUAUGGUACUAGUCGAAGUGGGUUCAAUUUAAUCUUCAUUUCACUGGUUAUAUGUAUGAAAAUUAGCCUGAAUUCGUAAAUAGGAUGUCGGCAACAGAUGGUCGUGGCAUGCUGUACCUGCGUCUUCCGGCGUACACAAAUAGCUUGAUUCUGAAAGACAGAUUGCAAGGAAAUGAAACAAAUCGUUGCUAACGAGUAAUAAACGCAAUUGGCUCCUGCAUUAUAUUAUGUAAAGCGGAAUUUGGACGGGAUCCAAUCAACAUUAACCUUGGUUCCACGUUUUUUUUUCCUAAUUCACAAAACGUAGUUUGGCGAAUUAGUGGUAGCUGAACUCACCACACUACGUUUGCGUUGAAUGAAAGUAGCGAUUACUGUUAAUUGAGAGUCAAGGACAUAUGUUGUGUGGCUUGUACUUAGCCGCGUCCAAAGAAACGCUGUCUUAAGAGCUCAAGACACAAUUAAAUUCUUGCAACAACUGACGGACGCGGUAAGGCGCCAUAUAUAUUCCAAUGAGAUUUUUCGGUACUCAUUUAAUGUCGUAAUUGUAGACGAAGUCAUCACUGCGGUUGCGAAUAUUUGGUCUCUUGCGUUCUUAAUGAUUGGAAAGGGUGAUUUUUUCUUGUGCGGUUUGAUAUGACACGCAUUUUAGGCCAAGGAGAAAACUAACACGUCGAAAAUGCACACAAUUGGAUUCAAAAUAAAAGGGGCAAUAAGGGUUCAAAUUCAAAUAGCAUCAACGGGGAUAGUUUUAUAUCUUCAGCUGAGCCCGUGCGUCUUAUAACGUGGGGCGAAUUUAACCGUCCCAUGACGACAUUUUAUUUGGUUUAAAUAAAUUAAUUGGACAAAAUAGUCAAGCUAAAGCACAAAAAAUAGAAUAAUGGUUCCUGGUGUCAUGCGCAAGUGGAAUUAUGUUUUUUAUUAGAUAUAUUAUUGGAUGAUUUUUUUCGGGAUAGACCGGCUGCCCGAUCAGCUAGGUCCAUUAGUUGGACCCUUCAUACAUUUUAAAAUACAUCUGAGUCUAAUUUAAAAUCGAUCUUAUUCUAUACUGAAUAGGUUAAAGAUACCAGAUUUAUUUUUCAAUAAAGCAACCAAACCUGCUGACGUAA